GGAGGAGGAGGAGGAAGGAGGAAGGAGGAGGAGGAAGACACUCCGGCAGCAUCACUGAACCUCCACUCUCCUCGACCCCCUUCUGUCUGGCUUUUUCCCCCAAUAACACCGAGACAGGACAAGGGGGGGCGAGGAAACAUGUCACAGACCAGGAGGAGCACGUACACCCGGACCACCAGCAGUGGCAGCAGCAGGAUGAGCUCGGACGGGGGCGGCCGGCCCGUCAAGGUGGGCUCCCUGGUGGAGGUGAUCGGGAAGGGGCAGCGCGGCACGGUGGCCUACAUCGGCAACACGCUCUUCGCCUCCGGGAAGUGGGUGGGGGUCAUCCUGGACGAGGCCAAGGGCAAGAACGACGGCACCGUGCAGGGCAAGCGCUACUUCACCUGCGAGGAGAACCACGGCAUCUUUGUGCGGCAGUCGCAGAUCCAGCUGGUGGACGACGGCGCCGACACCACGUCCCCGGAGACACCUGAGCCCGGCACCGGCAAGGUUCCCAAACGAGACAUCCUGGAAACGCCCAAAUCUGCCAAACUGCGAGGAGUGAAGCCCAAAAAGGUGCUGCAUGUUUCUCUAACCUCGACUCCUGCACCCCGGAAGACCACGGCCAGAAGGCCAAAGCAGCCCAGCCGAGCUGCAGGCACCGGGGGGAAGGGGGCGGCGUCCGGCUCGGCCUCCGCCUCCGCCGGCGAGAUGAGCAGCAGCGAGCCCAGCACGCCGGCCCAGACCCCGCUGGCCGCUCCGGUCAUCCCCACCCUCCACUCCCCCGGAAACCCCCCGGCCCCCGUCCCCAGCAAGGAGGACGUCGCUAUGGAAACACAGGAGGAGGAGGCGCUGCGAGCUCAGGUGAAGGACCUGGAGGAGAAGCUGGAGACUCUGAAGAUGAAGCGAACGGAGGACAAGGCCAAACUGAAGGAGCUGGAGAAGCACAAGAUCCAGCUGGAGCAGCUGCAGGAGUGGAAGAACAAGAUGCAGGAGCAGCAGGCCGAGCUGCAGAAGCAGCUCAAAGAGGCCAAGAGGGAGGCCAAAGAAGCCCUGGAGGCGAAGGAGCACUACAUGGAGGAGAUGUCGGACACGGCGGACGCCAUCGAGAUGGCGACGCUGGACAAAGAGAUGGCCGAGGAGAGGGCGGAGUCUCUGCAGCUGGAGGUCGACUCCCUCAAGGAGAAAGUGGACGAGCUCACCAUGGACCUGGAGAUCCUCAAGCACGAGAUCGAGGAGAAAGGUUCGGACGGCGCCGCCUCCAGUUACCACGUGAAACAGCUGGAGGAGCAGAACGGUCGGCUGAAGGAAGCUCUGGUCAGGAUGCGCGACCUGUCGGCGUCGGAGAAGCAGGAGCACGUGAAGCUGCAGAAGCAGAUGGAGAAGAAGAACACGGAGCUGGACUCUCUGAGAGGACAGAAGGAAAAACUGCAGGAGGAGAUGAAGGUGGCGGAGAGGACCAUUGACGAGCUGAAGGAGCAGGUGGACGCAGCUUUAGGGGCGGAGGAGAUGGUGGAGACUCUGACGGAGAGGAACCUGGACCUGGAGGAGAAAGUCAGGGAGAUGAGAGAGACCGUCAGCGACCUGGAAGCUAUAAACGAGAUGAACGACGAGCUGCAGGAGAACGCCAGAGAGACGGAGCUGGAGCUCAGAGAGAUGUUGGACCUGGGGGCGGCCAGAGUCCGCGAGGCCGACAAACGAGUGGAGGCCGCUCAGGAGACGGUCGCCGACUACCAGCAGACCAUCAAGAAGUACCGCGAGCUCACAGCUCACCUGCAGGAGGUGAACAGAGAGCUGACCAGCCAACAGGAAGCCUCGGCCGAGCUGCAGCAGCAGCCUCCAGCAGAGAUGUUUGAUUUCAAGAUCAAGUUUGCAGAGACGAAGGCGUACGCCAAGGCUAUUGAGAUGGAGCUGAGGAAGAUGGAGGUGAGUCAAGCCAACAGACACGUUUCUCUCCUGACCUCUUUCAUGCCCGAGUCCUUCCUUCGUCACGGUGGCGACCACGACUGCAUCCUGGUGCUGCUGCUCAUCCCCAGACUCGUCUGCAAGGCCGAGCUGAUCAGCAAACAGGCGCAGGAGAAGUUUGACCUGAAUGAAAACUGCGUGGAGCGAGCCGGCCUGAAAGGAGCCGUCGGGGAGCAGAUGAGCUUCGCGGGCGGUCUCGUCUACUCGCUCAGUCUCCUCCAGGCCACGCUCCACAAAUACGAGCAAGCUCUGUCUCAGUGCAGUGUGGAUGUCUACAAGAAGAUUGGCUCUCUGUACCCGGAGAUGAGCGUCCACGAGCGAUCUCUGGAUUUCCUCAUCGACCUGCUGCACAAGGACCAGCUGGACGAGACGGUCAACGUGGAGCCACUCACUAAGGCCAUCAAAUACUACCAGCACCUGUACAGCAUCCACCUGGUAGAUCAGAACGAGGACUGCACCAUGCAGCUGGCUGAUCACAUCAGAUUUACCCAGAGUGCCUUGGACUGCAUGGCGGUGGAGGUGGGCCGUCUGCGGUCGUUCCUGCACGCCGGUCAGGAGAAGGCCGACCUCGCCGUGCUGCUGAAGGACCUGGAGACGUCCUGCAGCGACAUCAGGCAGUUCUGCAAGAAGAUCCGCCGCAGGAUGCCGGGGACGGACGCGCCGGGCAUCCCGACGGCGCUCAGCUUCGGGCAGCAGGUGUCGGACACGCUGUCGGACUGCAGGAAACACCUGACCUGGGUGGUGGCCGUGCUGCAGGAGGUGGCGGCGGCCGGGGCUCAGAUGGUGUCGCCUCUGGGCGAACAGGAGGGGCUGUCGGCCGUCAAACUGGAGGACGUGGCGUUCAAGGCCGGAGAACAGAUCUAUGGAUCCCAGGGCGCCAACCCCUACGAGUGUCUGCGACAGUCCUGCAGCAUCGUCAUAGCAACCAUGAACAAGAUGGCGACGGCCAUGCAGGAGGGAGAGUACGACUCAGAGAAGCCUCAGAACAAGAAUCCUCCGCCGGUGGACGUGCGAGGGGCGGCCCUGCGAGCAGAGAUCACGGACGCAGAAGGUCUCGGCUUGAAGCUGGAGGACAGAGAGACGGUGAUCAAAGAGCUGAAGAAGUCUCUCAAGAUCAAGGGAGAGGAGCUGAGCGAGGCCAACGUCCGUCUCAGUCUGCUGGAGAAGAAGCUGGACAGUUCGUCUAAAGACGCGGACGAGCGCGUUGAGAAGAUUCAAACUCGACUGGACGAGGCCCAGACUCUGCUGAAGAAGAAAGAGAAGGAGUUCGAGGAGACGAUGGACGCUCUGCAGGCCGACAUCGACCAGCUGGAGUCGGAGAAGGCCGAGCUGAAGCAGCGGAUCAACAGCCAGUCAAAGAUGACGGUGGACGGGCUGAGAGGAGCCGGGCCGUCGGGAAUCGCUUCCAUCGUCACGGGGAUGUCAGGAGAGGAACAGAAAGCCUCCACGAUGUCUGGAGUGGGCUCAGCGUCGGGCGUCCAGGUGAUGGACUCUCCUCUCCUGACUCAGCAGAUCGAAGCCCAAAGACUCUGCAUCAAACACCUGAAGAACGAGAACAACCGGCUGAAGGCGGAGAAGAUGCGCGCUCAGCUGGCCUCCCUGCCUCCGCUCAGAGUGACCAAACUUCCCUCCAGAGACGGAGGACGGCCCGAGGUGCUCUCCAGCGCCCUCUACAGGAAGACCGACCAGCUCCUGGAGACUCUGCUGCAGAUGAGCGCCAACGUCAAGGUGGUGGACAUCACCGGGAAAUCUCCAGUGACUCCUGGUGCUCAGCUCCUGGAGCAGACGGCCAGACUCCAGUCACUGAGAGACACUCUGGACAGACUGAAGGACGAGGUAGCAGAGCACGUCGUCAACCAGCAGCCUGGAGCUCGAGUCUCAUCCGACUUCGCCACGUUUCCUUCGGCAGCGUUUGUUAAGGCGAAGGAGGAGCAGCAGGGAGACACGGUGCUGGUCGGCCGGGUCAUGGUGCCGUGUCCUCGGGGACAGGAGCAGGUCCACCGCCUCGUCCUGUCCCAGUGUCAGCUGCAGAGAGUCCACAGUCUGCUGAGGACCUAAACCUCCACCUCCACCUCCACCUCCACCUAACACACCUGCUGCACCCACACACACACAUAUAACACAGCUUCAUCUCCACCCCAGGGCCAAACGAGGAGGGAGGCGUCUCACUGCUCACAUCACAGCCGGGUAAAGGGAAUUAUCUUGGGAGUGAAAGCUGGAGAUAGAGGUCAGUCGGCUGCCAUGUCUAUAAACAGGUUAGUUAAGAAGUCAUAUACGCUCGUUAGCCAUUUAAUUAGGUACACCAGUGAAAACAAAUGCAUUAAAUAUCCUAUUCAUGGAGGUUAUGGUGUUCAACAUUGUAUUGUGUUUCUAUUAUUGUGGCCACGCAGUGUAAACCUUUUCAAAGUUCAACCUUUCUAACGCCUUUCAACAUCGGAUGAGCGUAUUUCAAGAAGUGAAGAAGGAGGAUAAAAUAAAGUAUUAAUCUAUCUACGAAUGCAUUCACUAGUGUACCUAAUGUUUUGGCAGGUGAGUGCAUGUGAAUAUUUUGAGUUUGGUCAAUUUUUCAUUUUAAAUUUCACAAUUUUUUUAAAGGUUAGAUGAAAAAAAUAGUCAUGGCUGCUUAAAUUAGUCACAAUUAUGAUUAUAUUUAUUUAGUUUAGUACUAAAAGCAACAACUUUAAAUAGUUAAAGUAAAGUCAACCUGUUUGACUUCAUCCAGAUGCAGAUUAAUGAUUCUCCAGCCUGUUGCUUCUACGUUUUAGUUUUAAAUCCUAGAGAUAUGAGAGCGAGUGCACGGCUGCAUGCUGCCCACAUUCACAGAAAAACAUUUAUUUAUUUAUUAUUUAUCCUCCUCCUCCUCCUCAUCGUCGUUAUCAGCCCUGGUCGGAGCCGUUUACAUUAGGCCAAAACAUUGUUUGACUGUUACUGACGAACAGGAUGUGAAGAAUCAUGACGCUGUGUUGUAAACGUUCAUCAGGUGUUUUUAUUUUAUUUAUUUUAUUAACAGUCUAAAGGGAAAGAAGGAUCAAGUGACAUUAAAUCAAUUUAAAGUUGAUCAAAUAGACUUUUUUUGCACAUUUAACCAACAAACAUUUUUCGCUGCGAUGACGUUUUUAACAGAUUAAGAUUAAGAACAAACAAAGGAUUUCAGUGUUUCACUAAAACGUUUCGCUCUGAUCGACGUCAGUGGAUUUACUGUGUAAAAACGUGGCUGAACUUAUUUUGCAGAUUAGUUUAGAUACUUGACGGCACUUUAGUCAGAAGAAGAAGAAGAAGACGACGACGCGCUAUAUAGUUUGAAUUAUUUAAUAUUUAUUACCCUCGUGGUGUUGGAGUUGUCACUGUGUCCUCCUGCUGUUCGGUUACGAUGACGCCGCUGUGUGUGUUAGUGACGUUACACAGACGGUUGUGUUUUGUUGAUGUGUGUAGACGUGACUCGGUCCGAGCCUUAAAACCUGCAGCGAGCCUCGUGGUAAAGAUCAACCCGCCUUAUUUCUGUCGCAAACCAAACAUUGUUUCAAGCAAAACUACAUCUUUGCCAAAGACUCUUCACCACAUUUGCCAUGGCUGAUUUUAAUGUGUUUAGUUUGUUUACGUUUACAGUAAAACUGUCACGACUUGAAGUUUACGUUACAUUGAUUUAACCGGAGGAACGUGCAGGUGUUUCUGAUGGAUUUAUUUAUCUGUACUGAAUCUGCAGCUUGUCUGAGCUCGUCUUACCUUGUUCUUUCCUCGUGUGGCUUCCUGCUCUUGCACAAACGAUAACUGAUCAAUAAAGACAUUAAAGCGAG